UAUUAUAAGUGUGUCGGACGGCUCGCCGCGUGCAUUCCGUUACUUUGCAUCAGAGAAAGCUGUUGUGUUGUGAAAUAUAUUUUAUACAUACAAGAUGGCGGUAGUUUUGAAAACUUUCUUAGGAUGCUUCAAGUUGCGAACAGGAUGCCUCUUCAUGGGAUAUUCUGGAGCGAUCACCAGUAUGCUCUUCAUCAUGUUCUCUUUUGCGGGCAUCAUUAUCACUGGACAAAGGGAAGGUUCUUUAAAAGGAGAUGCACUAUACGUGAAUAAUGUUAUCCUUUGGGCCUGUAUCUUCCUUGCGGUGUUUUGCAGCAUAGCUUUCGGUCUCUAUGUCGUCCUACUCGUUGGCGUGCAACAGUGGCGGCCGAAACUUGUGAAGGUGUUCCUCAUCGGCAUGACUGUAUACCUGGUGAUAUCGUUUAUAUUAGCGGUGGUCCUAACUGUGAUGAACCCAACUUUCGGAAUUAGAUUCGUCAUAACUUUUGCAUGGAGCAUAUACUACAUGUUGGUGGUUAGAAGUUAUUAUUUCAAGAUGAAUGAAGAAACGCAGUUAGAGAGUGGAAUGAAACCUGUUUAAACAAAAUGUUUACCUCGAAAUACUUUAAUUGUGGGGACCCACGACCGUCUUGCAUUUAUACUUUAAAUACAAUUUUCAACUUCAGACAUAAGAUGUCCAUUGUGUGUACAACUUGCGGUGUAAUUUGGUUUCGCAAUUGCGACACAGUUUUGAAGACUGGACGCGAGUGGUGUUCGAUAACCAGUUCAUAAGACUUAGGACUUUCAUAAAUAUGGGCUUACGUAUUCUUCAAAAAAGAGGUACUAUAAAAUAUAUUUUGAAUUAAUAAUAAAAUGCCUCGUUAGUAAAAUCCAAUUCGUCAGUUACAAUGUUCUGUCAAAAGUUCGAACUCAGAACUUCUCUUUUUUACCAAUAAAAGUGUUCGUUUGUUUAGGAUUAUGGUAAUCCAUUUUAUUUUAUUUGUCGAAUAAAACUUAAAUUGCGUAAAUUUCCGGAAUGAAAUGUAGUUUACGUGUGAAACCAUCUUAUUACCGUAUUGUAUCUGUGUGCCAAAGAAUACUUAAUGUUGUUCAAUGUUUAAACCGAACUUGAACGAAAUAGUAAAUUUUAAAGAUCUAUUUAAGUGCCUUACGUUUUUAUUUAUUUAUAAUGCAAACAAUUUUUCGGAUUUUAUCGCGGUUUUUUACGUUAUCAUUUUCUCCCGACUUUUCAAAGACUUGGCAGCUUUAAUAGUGACAAAGCGGACUAAGGCGUUGGUCGUCUGAAAAGUCAAAGUUAGAAAAUGCACCUACAUUUUACAUUUAUGCAAUUAUUAAUUUUUCCUGUUGACGGUCAGAUCUACGCGGAAUGAGCUGUGUCUUGAAAUGAAUCAUAAUAUAAAAACUGCAAUACAAUCCGAAUAAUACUUUUAUUUCGUUGACUAUCCGCGUAAACAUAAGAUAUCAUUAUAGGUAAUGCAAAUUCAUAUACAUUACUUCUAUUGAAUCUGUAAUACCUACAGGUAAAUGAUUCUACGAAAAAAAACACAUUACCAACGAAUUAAAGUGUUAAGUAUCAUUCUUCAUAUGCGACGUAUGAAACAAGCAUUUGAAAUACUAAUACCUAGAUAUGUAUUUUGUUCCUAAAAUACGUUACUCAUUAUUUAUCUUAUAUCUAGGUACUUGUUAUGUAUUCGUAUAUUGUCGCUGUCACUUUGCAAUGUCAUAUCAAAAUGGCGUAUGUUUAAAUACUGUAGGUAUUACAGGAGACACAAAAAAAUAUUUUUUGUAGUACUAUGUAAAAAGAUUGUUUUGGAAAGUGCAUAAUUUUAUUUUGUAUAUUCAACCAUAAUAUCCCUUUUUUAUAAAAACCAAAUAUGCAUUUUGAUAUGACAGCGAUAAUAUACGAAAAAUGUAUGUUUGGUACCUUUGCACUUUUAAAGUAUAAAAUACUAUAUUAUAAGAAUUUUUACCUAAUAAAGAGAACAAAACUGA